CUGCUGAUUGAUGUAGCAAGGUCAUCCUGCUCACAUGUUUCAUCUUUAGAGUCUUAUCUGUAGUCAUUAUCGCCUAAACAGUAGUAUGCAUAGCAACUUGUGACAAUUGUGACAGACAUUUCAACGCACAACAUGGCCAUCACAGGUUUCGAUGCCAAAGCUCAUGGGCUUGAAGCAGACUUCAAACUCACCGAUUAUUCAACACUGCGGGGAUGAGGUUGUAAAGUGCCGCAAAAGGUCUUAACAGAACUCUUGUCGGCCCUUGAUACUACCUCCCAAAAAUCUCCCGAUGGUACCAAAGAAAUAGGAAUUGGAUUAGAUUCAUGCAUUAUACCUCUCCACAAACAUGGCCUACAUCUAAUCCAAAGCACAGACUUCUUUUACCCACUAAUAGAUGAUCCAUAUUGGAUGGGAAAGAUCACAUGUGCAAAUGUGACCAGUGAUGUAUUUGCCACAGGUGUCACCCAGAUAGAUUCCCUACACAUGAUUAUUUCAUUGCCUGCUGCAAUGAGCCAAGCACAGUCUGAUGUGAUACUCCCAUUGAUUAUUACAGGUUUCAAGGACAAUGCACGCGAAUUAAAGAUUAAUAUUAAAUUUGAUAAGCUCUUUAACAAUCCCUGGUUGAUUAUUGGUGGGACUGCUACUUCUGUGUGCCUUGAGAAUGAAUUCAUUAGCCCGACUGCAAUACAAACAGGAGAUGUUCUGGUCUUAACUAAACCACUGGGCGCGCAAAUAGCUUGCAAUACCAAGAAAGCUAUGGAAGAUGAAGACAAAUGGCAGAAGUACAAAGCCACUGUCACAGAAGCGGAAGUGAACAACGCUUUCAACGCCGCUGUUGUUUCAAUGGCGCGUCUCAACCGCCAAGCAGCUUUGCUCAUGCACAAAUACAAAGCGCACGGUUGUACAGAUGUCACCGGAUUCGGUAUUGUGGGACACGCGGAAAAUUUGGUAGCUUUUCAAAGUAACAAAAUCGAUCUGGUGAUACACAGCCUGCCAGUCAUUGAAAAUGUGUUGAAAUUUGCGAAAAUUUCCUCACAAUAUGACCGCUUCCUAAAGGGUAUCCGACCGGAAACAUCCGGUGGCUUAUUGAUCGCGUUACCAAGCAAUUCCGCUGAGGCAUAUUGCAAAGAACUGGAAGAACUCGAGGGUUGUCCUGCCUGGGUGGUGGGGGAAGCUGUCGACGGUACAAACACCGCACGAAUCGUUGAAAAUCCUAAAAUAAUUACUGUUAAUACAUAAAACUGCAGACAUUUUGUAAUCUGUAUGACUAGAAUCAUUGAAAAUCGAUAAGAUGGUUGAUUCUAUGAAGUUGAUUGCGAAUGUACAUGAGUUUUGUACGUUUUUACAAGUAAUAAAUGAUAUUUUCACUGGAAA